AUGAUUGCGUUACAAAAUCGGCCUAUAUUGCCUCCUGCCAAAGUGGAUAUCUCACUGCUACUCAAGCCCCAAGAUGAGGAGGAAGCCGCCCCAAGUUUGAACACCGGGUACCCGCCCAGAACGAUAGGGCCACCACUAGGCUUGGGUCCCAUGAUGACUAUGCCAGGUCCGGCUGCUAUGGCCAUGCCACCCUUGACUAAGACUGGUCCCUCGGGUGCUGCUAAGCGCCUACAGCCCUCACAUACAGCCGAAUCUCCUGCAAAGAAGCAGUCCAAAUGGUCGCCAGAUGAGGAUGCUUUGAUUAUUGAACUGCGUGGCAGUGGCAUGAAGUGGGAAGACAUCAGCAAACGACUACCCGGCCGCAGUGCCAUCAGCUGUCGUCUUCAUUAUCAAAACUACCUGGAGCGCCGAAGUGAGUGGGACGAGGACAAGAAAAACAAGUUAGCCCGUUUAUAUGAGAGAUUCAAAGCCGAAAUGUGGUCUAAGGUUGCGGAGGAAAUGGCUAUCCCAUGGCGUGCCGCUGAGGCCAUGCACUGGCAGCUAGGGGAGCAGGAAAUGGCUCGCCGCGCGGGUGUUGUGCCAUUUUCACUUUCCAGCGCUGCCAUCGAUCCCCCUACCACCAGAACGCGCCGCGCCAGCACCUCUCUAUCCCGGCCGAGGAAAGGCUCUUCCUCCCGCGCAAUCCCAGGCCAUCUACCUGGUCUUCCACCCCAGCUUCCGUCCCUUGAAGAGCUCACUGCAGGCGUUCCUGCCUACGCGCCUGCCCCCCCGCCCCCAAGAGAGUUCUAUGGAAUCGGUCGACCGCCAGAGAUGGGAAUCCCCCCGCCAGGUCUCAUGGGCCCUCAUCUUGGCAUGCCUCCUCGAACCAUGCCCUAG